AUGACUAAUUUAAUAAGAAGUAAUUUCCAGGAUCAUCCUUUUCAUUUAGUAUCUCCAUCUCCUUGACCUUUAAAUACUAGUGUUUGUCUAUUAAAUCUAACAACUACUGGUGCGUUAUCUAUGCAUAAUUUUAAUAAUAUUCAUUAUUUAUAUUACAUAGCUUUAAUUGGACUAGUUUCAGCUAUGUUUUUAUGAUUUAGAGAUAUAAUAUCUGAAGGAACUUUUUUAGGGGAUCAUACUCUAGCAGUGCAAAGGGGAUUAAAUUUAGGUAUUAUACUAUUUAUAGUAUCUGAAGCUCUAUUUUUUUUAGCUAUCUUUUGAGCUUUCUUUCAUAGCGCAUUAACACCUACUGUUGAAUUAGGAGCUCAAUGACCACCUAUAGGUAUAGAACCUGUAAAUCCUUUCGAAUUACCUCUUCUAAAUACAGUGAUACUUUUAUCUAGUGGUGCGACAAUCACUUACGCUCAUCAUGCUUUAAUUAAAGGAGAAAGAGAAGGAGCUCUAUAUGGUUCAAUCGCCACUAUUUUAUUAGCAAUAAUAUUUACAGGCUUCCAAGGUGUUGAGUAUAGUGUAUCAUCUUUCACUAUUAGUGAUGGUGCUUUUGGUACAUGUUUUUUCUUUUCUACAGGAUUUCAUGGGAUACACGUUAUAAUAGGGACAAUUUUCUUAGCGGUAGCUUUAUGAAGAAUAUUUGCUUACCAUUUAACUGACAACCAUCAUGUAGGUUUUGAGGGUGGAAUUUUAUACUGACAUUUUGUAGAUGUUGUUUGACUAUUUUUGUACAUUUCCGUAUACUAUUGAGGUUCUUAA